UCUAUUGAUUGUAUUUGUAAGCAACCAUUGCUUUGAUUGCGUUUAGUAUAGUUAUAAAAUAAGCGAUUAUUAUUUUUCAAAUAUAAGUUAUAAAGUGUUUUUUUGAAUAUUAAAGGGUUCUUGAUAGAUUUUGAAAAACAUGCAGCUCUAUCCACCAUUGCAAUAACCUACUUAAACCUUACUGAAAAUACAUUUGUUCUUAAAUACUCACGGGUUGUCUAUUAUUGUAAAGUGACUACAAUGCAGAAUAUGAAUAUUUCAAUAGAAAGAAAAAGAACUGAUUGUUCAGCUUUGCCAAAAGGAUGGCAAAGAGAAGAGGUCCUUAGAAAAACAGGUCUUUCUGCUGGCAAAGUUGAUGUUUUUUAUUACAGCCCUACAGGUAAAAAGUUUCGCAGUAAACCAGAGCUAGUUCGAUAUCUGGGUGAUAGUAUGGACCUGUCAUGUUUCGACUUUCAACAGGGCCAAAUAAACACAAUGCUCCUGUGCAAGACCAAGAAAGCUAGAGCGCAGUUUGACUACAGAGGAGUACGCUCCGACUCGUCUCUGGUGCCUCCAAUUCGACAGACAGCAUCGAUUUUUAAGCAGCCUGUAACUGUUUACAAAACUCAGGAGAGUAAAGUGAAAACAGAUUUAAAACAAGGUACACAAGAGAAACCAAAACAAUUGUUCUGGGAAAAACGUUUAGAGAAUUUGACUGCUUGUGAUGCAAAUGGUGUGAUAGGAACAACAACAUUGCCAAAAUACAUCAAACCUUUGGGUCCGUUUACAUCAGAUGCAACAACUAUACAGUCACUGGCUACAGCUCUUCAUGUUUCAUCACAGCCGAUUACAGGUCAAACUGGUUCAAAACAAACCAUAAUGGAAAAUCCGGGUGUUUUUUUAAACCCUGAGCAGCCACUGAUUGCUGCUGUCACUAUAACUAAAGAUGAUGUGAGACGGCAGGAGGAGCGUGUCAACCGCGCCCGUCAGCGACUGCGGGCGGCCCUCGUGGCAGCAUAGGAAUACGCCAGCGACGGAGAGCCUUCGUCAGACACCGCCCCCGUCGCUUCGUUUCAACCUGAAGAACAACAACCAGAUUCUACAGAAGAUGCUCUAGAUCUGCAACCUGAUUCUACAGUCAAUGAUCCAGUGGAUUCAAGUAAUUAACUGCCAAUUUUUAUAUUUAAUUCAUAAGAAAUGAAAUUACUAAUUGAAAUAGCUUUUGGACUAUACAAUUUAAAUUUGUGAUUAUUUUUAAAUUAAAUGUGCAUUGUAAUAAGGACAGUUUUAUAAAUAAAA